UUAGAGGGGGAAAACAAAAAAAAAAAAUUCUGAACCAAUGGACCUCAGACACAGUACAGGAGAUGACCAGAGAUUGCAGACAUAGUACAGGAGAUGACCAGAGAUUGCAGACAGUACAGAAGAUGACCAGAGACUGCGGACAUAGUACAGGAGAUGACCAGAGACUGCGGACAUAGUACAGGAGAUGACCAGAGACUGCGGACACAGUACAGGAGAUGACCAGAGACUGCGGACACAGUACAGGAGAUGCCCAGAGACUGCGGACACAGUACAGGAGAUGCCCAGAGACUGUGGACACAGUACAGGGAUGACCAGAGACUGCGGACACAGUACAGGAGAUGACCAGAGACUGCGAACACAGUACAGGAGAUGACCAGAG